AUGGACGAGGAUGACCCUUUCGAGUCUCUGCUUUUCAUUGAGGACAGGUUACAGGAGCAGGGCUAUGGAGAGGGCCGCGGGCACGGAGUGGCAGAGGGACUGAAGGAGGCAGCGGAAGCAGGCAAAGCUAACGGGGUUGACGUGGGGUGGGAGGUUGGCUACUAUCUCGGUUUUGCCGAGACCUGGCUACGACUGUUGAAAACUAAACCACUAGAGCACGAAGAGAAGAAGAUCAGGGUUCUUUCCACUCUGGUCGAGAUGUUACGCAGUUUUAGAAUAUUGGACGUUGAAUCAACAGAGUUCAGGAGAGAAUUAUCACAGUUGCAAGCGAAAUAUAAACAAACUCUAGCUCUACUGAAAGUACCUCUUGCUGCUGUCAAGGCUAAAGCUGACCUCUCUUUUUGAGUAUUGGUCAUACUUUUAUCUGCAUAAUGAGGGAUGUUUGUAAUAUAUAGCUCAUGGACUCAUCCUUGCUC